AAUCCCCUUGAGCGUCCAAACGAUUCGCGUUCUUAUUAUUAUUUUCUUUGUUCCGCGCAUAAUCCAGUGCCGUAAUUUUUUUAUAACUUUCCAUAAUUUUUUUAAAAUAUCAAUUAUUUCUUCCCAAGUUUUUUAUAUAGCUAAAAAUUCUUUCCUUUCUUCUUUAGAAAAUUCCUCAAGAAUUUUUUGUGAUUUCUUCUUUAAUUUUUAGCGAAGACUAAUUUGCACUCCAAGUCUCGGGUUUUAGGAGUAAUUGUCACGUGGGUGCACAUCCUCAGAAUAAUCCACAUGUAGAACAAUAUUUCGAGACUCGAGCAGCUGAUUUUGACGGUGUCAUUAUUUUUAUUGAGAGUUAUUUAGAUUUUUGUGGAUAAAUUAAAUAAUCUAAUUUGAAAUGUUUUUUAUUUAUUUUUUGGAGUUUGUUGGGAGUGAAGAAAUGAAUGUUAGUUGAAAUAUUAUGUAUUGGGGAGAAGAAAAGAUAAGUAAGAAGUAAAAGGAACAAGAACGGAUUCUGUUGUCACGCGGUAUAAGCAGCGGGCAUUCUACUCAUAUAACACUCCCGAUCAGUUUUAGUUUAUUCAGUGGUGGUUCUACCUCCAUAGUGUCAGUAGUGUCAGUGGUGUCAGUGGUGUCGGUAGUGACGGAUGCUUUGUGUCAAGCACUAGGACAAUACUCUUUAAUACAUCUAUAUACAUCAUAAAUAUAUGACAUAAUAUACAGAUAUUGUGCGAUAAGGAGUAAAUAACUCAAAGAAGAAAUCAUUUAAGAUAUUUACUCAGUUGAUUGUUUUGGUUUAUACUCAAUUGAUUUAUUAUCUGUAUUAUUUUACUGUUAAUUAGUGUGCGCAGGGAAGUUGGAGUAGGUUAUGAAGAUUUUAUGGAUUUAUUCAGAUGUGUUGAAAACACAAGGUGAUAAUUAGUAUUUAAAAAAUAAUGGAUGACAUUAAAAAUUUAACAAUUGGAAGCGUACCAAGAUACAAUGGAGAUGAGCAAGUGCAAUUCAUUGCGGAGGGAAGUAACCAGGUGACAAUUAGAUCGCCUCCACCUUCAUUGCAUCUUGAGAAUCUCAACAAUGCUGUCUUAGGAGGCUCUCAAAAUAAUUUACACUGCAGUUGCAAUGGCACGAACCAAGCCCCCGUGAACGGAAACGCGGGAACGGGGUGCACGAGUGGCGGCCUAGCUAGGAAAAUUCAGAACCACACGGGGGUGAGCCCGGGGCAGGUAAACAAGCGACCUGCCGUUUCACUCACCCACCUACCCAAGCGACCUGCUGUUGACAUCGAGUUCAAAAAUUUGGCCUACAGUGUUUCUGAAGGAAGACAAAGAGGCUAUAAAACGAUACUGAAAUGUGUCAACGGAAAGUUUCGGUCGAGCGAAUUAACAGCGAUAAUGGGUCCAUCUGGAGCAGGAAAAAGUACUUUGAUGAACGUGUUAGCUGGAUACAAAACGUCGAACUUGAACGGGUCGAUACUGAUAAAUGGCAAGGACCGUAAUCUGAGGCGCUUUCGAAAGAUGUCCUGUUACAUAAUGCAGGACGAUCGAUUGUUGCCUCAUCUGACGGUCCACGAGGCGAUGAUGGUCUCUGCAAAUCUGAAGUUGGGCAAGGACCUGGACGCCUCGGCGAAGAAAGUCGUAGUCGAAGAAAUAAUUGACACCCUGGGCCUAAACGACGCCAGCAAUACGCACACCCAGUGCCUGAGUGGCGGUCAACGCAAACGUCUGUCAAUUGCAUUGGAAUUGGUUAAUAAUCCACCAGUAAUGUUCUUUGACGAGCCGACGUCUGGUCUUGAUAGCUCGUCUUGCUUCCAGUGCCUCAGUUUGCUCAAGUCUUUAAGUAGAGGAGGAAGAACAAUUAUUUGUACGAUACAUCAACCUAGCGCGCGUUUAUUCGAAAUGUUCGACAACUUAUACUUACUAGCCGAAGGACAAUGUAUAUACCAAGGAAACGUUGGUGGACUAGUACCAUUUUUAUCAUCAAUGGGCCUUGAAUGUCCCAGCUACCACAAUCCCGCUGAUUAUGUGAUGGAAGUAGCCUGCGGUGAACACGGAGAAUGUGUAGAAAAAUUAGUAACUGCAGUAAACAACGGUAAAUGCAACAAUUACCAACACCACCAGUCGACAUUCACUACUACGAUGGUGGCGAAUGACAUUGCGAAGCAGUCGCCACCUACUGUACAAACAAAAGCUGAAGAAGCUGCUACUGGUAACUCACUUAUUCCCAAUGGUAUUCCAAAAGGCCCUGGAGGUGCAACGGCGCUUAACAUGCCGGUUUCUUGCACCACUUCUUUGUUAGACAGCGCCGAGAGUAUAGAGCAGAAAGUUGGGUUUCCCACCAAUGGCUGGACCCAGUUCUGGAUUCUUCUUAAGCGGACAUUUUUGUCGCAGAUGCGUGAUAUGACAUUAACCAGAGUGCGGCUUAUAUCGCACAUUAUUGUCGGUCUACUUAUUGGUGCGCUUUAUUAUGACAUCGGUAACGAGGGUGGAGAAGCGUACAGUAAUGCCGGUUGUAUAUUUUUCACUGUUAUGUUUCUGAUGUUUACUGCCAUGAUGCCUACGAUACUUACUUUUCCAACAGAGAUGGCAGUGUUUGUAAGAGAACAUCUUAAUUAUUGGUACUCACUGAAAGCCUUUUAUCUCGCGAGAACAGUCUCCGAUUUGCCGUUCCAAACGGUAUUUUCAAUAGUCUACGUAAUGAUUGUCUACUUCAUGACAUCCCAGCCAUUAGAGACUUACAGAUUUUUAAUGUAUCUCAAUAUUUGCAUUCUCACGUCCUUCGUUUCGCAGUCUAUUGGUCUACUAAUUGGUGCUGCAAUGAGUGUAGAGAGUGGAAUGUUUAUCGGACCAGUAUCUUCAGUACCAAUAGUCCUGUUCUCCGGGUUCUUCAUAAAGUUCAGCGCGAUGCCGAACUACUUGAGUUGGUUGUCCUACGUAUCCUACAUCAGGUACGGAUUUGAGGGUGCGAUGAUCACCGUCUUCGGAUACAACCGACCCCGUCUAAAGUGCUCUAUCGAAUACUGCCACUUCAGAUCUCCGACGAAAUUCCUCGAGGAAAUGGCGAUGCUGGACGCGGUUUACUGGAUCGACGUCGUCGCUCUCAUCGGAUUUCUUUUGCUUCUCAGGAUCUCAACUUACUUUGUCCUAAGACUAAAACUUAGAUCUCUCCGCUAAUCUCUCUUAAACUCACUCGACAAUAAACAAUAAACAAUUACCAAUUAUUAAAAUAACGAAAUAAAAAUCAAUCAAUCAAUCAAUUUAAAAAUAUUAAAUCCCGCCAAAAGUUUUCAAGAGGAAUUUGUCGAAGACUGAAAUUCUAAAUGUUCUGAAGACAUUUUUAAAAAUAAUACGCGAUAAAUUAUUAAUAAUAAAUAUAAUAAUAAUAAUAAUAAUA